GCCGACAGCACAUGUGUGUAGUCCAUGUGUCUGUAUGCUUAGCCUUAUUCUUCAUCUUGGGUUCUUCCAUAAACUGUUUAUGUGAGUCAGAUCUGCAUAACAGCAACAUUAGUUCAUCUGUGAAGAGUCUCCAUGUGACAGUUCUUUCAAGGGGCAGGAUAUAAACAAAGACACUUCCCUUCUUUGGCAAAACUCCACCCACAUGCAGAGGGUUCAGCCUCAUUUCUAGACUCAAUACAUAAGCUCCGGAGAGUGCAGAGGCACCACAGACUCACAUUUUUCCUCGUCAACUCUGGCAUUAACUUGCUGAACCCCAUGGUGAAUUUCAAUCUAUAACUCUGAAUCGGGUGCAGCCCUCUGGCAAAGACAAAUAAGCGGCAGUGUAACAUCUACCGCUGGAAAAUGAAUUGCACAAGAGUUCUCCAAGCUUUGGGUAGUCACCACCAGCCCGCCGUGAUGCCAGUCGACCUGGCCAUGUGCCUGAGCCUCAGCCAGCGUCAGCCUCUUUAUCAACUGCUGUCCAUGGCUCCCCUGAAACCCAAGCAGCGGCAAUAUCAGCAGACUGACUGUCAACAGAGGACCAGCCCUCGCUCUCCCCAUCACUCCCUCUCUUCCCCUUACCCAACAUCCUCGUCGCUGUCUUCCUCCACUGCGCCCUCGGGGCCUCGGAGCUGCUUCCGCAAAGACGGCGCAGGUCCGAACAAGAAGCGAGUGGUGUUCGCGGAUGCCAAGGGAUUGGCGCUCACUGCUGUGCGUCUGUUUGUCCCUGAGCCAUCCUCCUCUGUUGCUACACUGCUGAUGAAACCCCCGCCAGCCAAAUUGCAAGGCCAACAGUCCUUCUCGAACAAACAGCAGCGCUACAAGUUCCGGCUAGGUUUCCCUCAGCCGACUCUUGACUUGAAAGCCUUCCUUGCCCGUCUGCGAGAGACACGCGUACUGCUGGAAAGCUGCAACAUUUCAGAGCACAUAUUGCACGGCAAAGUGUGUGUCUCCCAUGCCUGCGCUGAGAAGGCUGUGAACGUCAGGGUGACCUUCGACUCUUGGCGGAGCCAUCAUGACAUUCCUUGCACAUUCCUGCAGCAGCAGCGCUGUGGAGGUUCUGAUAUGGAUGUUUUUGCCUUUGAACUUAGCCUACCGAAGAAAAUUGAUCCAAAGGAGAGAGUUGAGUUUUGUGUGUACUUCAGGCCCGGACCUGGCACAACGCCGCACUGGGAUGACAACAGGGGGUUGAAUUACAGGGUGUGCAUUGAAAAAGAUGGACUGAACGCCAACCAAGGUGAUGCUCACUAUUCUUACCCAAAACUUUCACAAAAUCGGCCACCAACAUGGCCUUCAGCAUCUUCGCCUUCACAUGUGUCCCUCAAUGUGCAGAACUCUGCUGAGCUUCAGUAUCUUCAGAGGAGUUUGUCAAGCAGAGUGACAGCAGAGUGGAAAGCUCUGUGUACGGAACAGUGAAUUCAACCCAAGAUUGCUUACCAGAGCUAUAUGUGAAUAGAAAUAAUGGGAGAAUCUCAAUUAUCUAAUAUUUAUUUGAUACUGUGUGCUUUCGGGGAUGUAUGGACUGUGGACUAAUGUCACGCUAACCCACCUGAGCAAAACUACCCAGCUGCAAUGUGAAUGAAACAUACUGCAUUUAUGUUUUGAUUAAAUGUAUGUUUUUAAA